AUGGACAGCAUUUUUGGCCGCAGGAAGACGAAGCCUCGUCAAUCAUCGAUAUCUUCUACCCAGGAACUCAGCGAGAGCUCCGUUCCCUAUGAUAAGUUAGGGCCUCCGCCCAGUUCACCCCUUCCUGUGGGCACUGUUUCGCAAGGGCUCCGUGGGGCACCAUAUAUCUCGGCACCCAUCACUAAUCCAACGCUAACCUCCAAUGGCACCGAAUUCAACAAGUUUGGCAUGACCCGUAGUAGGGCCGGUGGAGACAGAGGAAACGAAGAUCAUGGUUUGGGCUCACCCAGUACCUUCUCAGUUUCAGACUCUUCCACCUUGUAUAACGAUUCUGUUGGAUCCUCGUCCGGGAGCAAGCUUUACACACCUCAAACAACCCGUAUGCGUCGCAGUGAAGCAUCCUCAUCUUCGGGUCACAUGCUUGACUUUGGUCAGUUUCCUGCGAAUGGCUAUGCACCCAUGCCAGCCUCAGCGUCCACUGUGACCAUGCGCCCAAUGUCUUCCGCCACAACACGGUCAGAAGGCACAAGACACUCCAAAUACUCAUCCCUUUCCUCUGAAGGGGCUCCUCUCAAUCAUUUCUAUCAUCCUCAUCGGCAUAACAAUCCAGAUGAUAUACAGUUUUCUCGGCCGGAUACUGACGAGGAGAUCGAAGCACUAUUCGAUAAUGUCAAACGCACUCGAGAUCUUGCGGACAUGCCGAAUCUCUCCAUUGAUCAGAAAUGGCAUAUGGUAUAUAAUGACUGGCAAAUUCGACGGAAAGAGGAGAAGCAGAGAGACGAUCAAGCGCGAAGGCAGACAGAGUUAGGACAACCUUCUAUAAUGCGCGAAACGCCAGAGUGGUACAUCCAAAAGUUUCUGAAUAAGAGCAUCACGCCAAAGCAAGCUGGAAGUCUGCAAGUAUCACUGCGUAGUUUAGAGCUAAGCUGGUUUCAGCACUUCAUUUCUAUACAAGGAACAUCGGUCCUGGCACAGACACUUAUGCACAUUAGUCGCAAGGGUUCGUCAAGAGGAGAGAACGACAUUAAUCUUGAAUAUGAAAUCGUCAAAUGCCUCAAGCGAAUCUUUAACAACUCCGUAGGUGCGACAGCAGAGGCACUGACGCACAACUUGAUCGUAACACAAGUCGCGUCCUCCCUCAAUACUCCUCAUAUCCCCACGCGAAGGCUGCUGUUGGACUUGCUUUCAUUCCUGACCUACUGGCAUGAUGGUCAGGCGCACAUGCUUGUUGUCGCCGCUUUGGAAACCCUCAGUUCUUCAAAUAAUGAGAGUGGGGGACCAUAUGAUUAUUGGUUCAAAUCAAUGGAGCAGUCUCUCUCUGGACGAGGCAAGAUGGGUAGUUUGGUUGGUGCAAGCGAAGACGUCAGAAAGGCGGGUGGUCUUGAAAGUAAUCUUAAUGAAUACGCUUUAUCGAACUUGAUACUUCUUGGAGGUGUCCUCUACUUCGUAGAUGAUCUGGAUCUCAGGCUUCACCAUCGUUCGCAAAUGGAGGCUGCUGGAUUACAUCGCAUUCUUGAGCUCUGCCGAAAUUUCAACGUUCCAGCUAUUGACAAGCAAUUGCUGCUCCUGCAAAAAUCUUUAGAUGAGGACGAACAGAAACUCCGCGAACGGCUGGAUCAAGAGAUUUUACGCGACCUUACUAACCCUUUGGACGUUUACAAUGCAAUUUAUGCCAAGUUGCAAGAAAGUAAAGCCCGAGACUAUUUCUUGUCUAUGAUGCAGCAUUUACUGCUGAUUCGAGAGGAAGGUCCGCCGAUGGUGCACUAUUACCAGCUUCUCGACUCGCUAGUGACCGAUGUUGUAAUGGACAAGAAGCUGGCCGGCGCCGAGCAGCGUUUUGGACACUCAGUGGAACGCAUCAUAGCGCAAUUUAACGAAGCUGACCGUUACCAAACUGUCGAGGAUGAAGCAAACAAGGCUCGUGCGGAAGCAUUACGUUUGAAGCUGGAGAAAGAGGCUCUGGAAGAUGAGAUUUCUCAAGGUCAUGACGGCCUAGUUGGGCAGCUGAAAGAACAGCUGGCGCGCGCUGAACAGAAGUUGCAUGUCUCUCGGGAAACAACAACCCGGCUCCAAGGCCAGCUUGCCACUCAGAAGUCCGGAUAUGAGCAGACCAUUGCCCAGCUAGAAUGGCAGAUCAUGGAAUUGUUCAAGAUGUUGAAGGAGGUCGGCCACGGCAUCGAGACCAUCGUAGACAAUGGUGGUAUGGAUCGCAAGACUCUUGUGGAAACGCUUGAGAAACAUUGGCAGCGGACCAAAACUAUCGGUAUUCUUGAAGGUCGAGACAGAAGGAAUCGCCGAAACAGUGGUUCUGGUGUAGGAGAGGACGACAACGACCACGAAGAAGAUAUGGAUGCAACACCCCGUAAAAAUGGAUUGCGCCGCGGUUCAAAAGCCGUUCGUAAGGUGUCCAAGACCGGUGGGCCAAAAUCUUCGGAAGACGGCAACGGAAGAGUCUCGCAGUUUAUGGAUGCAGACGAUCAAGACGCAGAUGAGCAAAUACAGCAUCAACUGGCUGCUGGCGUCGUGAUUGCAAGUGAUGUUCAAUUGUCGAGCUCAAGAAGUGCGCGAGGGUCACCAAGACGUACAGAUAGACCCCUGUUAGGUCUAGGAACACCGUACAAGAGCAAUAAUCUUCUUUCGCCACAUUUCGAAGAUGUUGGGGAGUUAAGCGACCACUCUAACGUUAACGGUGAAGAGAGCGAGGGUGAUCGGUCAGUCCGAGGAUCACACAACUCAUCUGAAGAUACACCCUCAACGUCCAUCAGUUCUCACGUUUCUGCUGACGGGCGUACACCGGCGCCUGGGUCGUUGGCUGAACAGCUCAGCAAGCAUUUCCUGGCCAAGAGUCGCCAGGUAUCCUCCUCUGGCGGGGGUCCGACGCCUCCGUCUCUUCCGACCCUGAAAGAGGAGGGCGAUGUACACAGUACUCCCCAACCCCCGCCUCCACCGCCCCCGCCUCCGCCCCCACCUCCGCCGCCUCCGCCGCCCCCUGGAUUCAAAGGGGCUCCACCUCCGCCGCCACCGCCUCCACCUGGCUUUGUCGGAAUGAUCCCCGCCUUCUCCUCUUCUGUGACCUCCGCAAACUCUACCCCGCCUCCGCCUCCGCCACCACCUCCUCCAGGUCAAGGUCUAGCCUCCAAUCCCAGCUCCGCUCCCAGCUCUACACGGGCCUCGAUGUUACUCGGUUCAAACCUUAACGCCUUGCUCUCUGCUAGAAAAGAUCUCCCUAUCACGCCGAGUACCAAGAUGAAGCAGCUGCAAUGGGACAAACUUCCACAUCAGCAAGUUUCAAAGACACUGUGGAAUGACGAGGAGCCGGCAAAGGAACAUGAAAUGUUGAAGAAGCUCCAGACUGAUGGUGUAUGGAUGGAAAUGGAGGAAGACUUCAAGGCUAAGCAAUUGGUUAUCAACCUAAUGGCCCGGCAGAAACGCGCUGAGCUGAAGAGUGUUCUGGAUGUUGAAACCAAGAAAAGAGUUGAAAUCCUCAUUCAGGGCGUCAAGAAACUUGAGCCUGAGGAGAUCGCUCGCAAAAUUCAACACUUUGAUCAGGACCUUUGUUCCCAGGUGUUUCUGAGUGAAUUGAAACGGGUACUGCCAUCCCCAGAGCAGGUCGGCAAACUGAACGUUUAUCGGAACUCAGGGCCAGAGGAACUUGCUGAACUUCAUCCGUCGGACCGUCUCAUGGUUAAACUGAUACAAAUUGAUCGUCUGGAACCUCGUAUUGAGGGUAUGUUAUACAAAUGUGCUUUUGAAGAACGGUGGUCGCUGCUGGAUCAGGGUGCGCGGAAACUUUCAGAGGCGGGAGACGCUCUUCUCCAUGCUAAAGCAUUCAAGGAGUUGCUCAGUCUUAUUCUUCUGAUUGGGAACUACAUGAAUGGGACCGGUGUGAAGGGCGGCGCGUUUGGUUUCCGUGUGAGCAGUAUCAAUAAGCUAGUUGAUACCAAGUCAGUAAACAACACGACACUACUUCACUUCUUGGAGCGUACCAUUGCUAAACAUUUCCCGGACAUGGAAGAGUUCCUCGAGGAACUUGCAAAGCCAGCCGAGGCGUACAGAGGUGUGCUACUUAAUCUUCAAGAACUUCGUAAGGGUUUAGGUGAUCUCCGGGAUGGUCUCAAGAGGAUACGCGAAGAACUAGAAGAACAUUUUGUGCGUAUCGAUCAAACAGAACGAUACGGGCAACAAAUGUGGAACUUUAUCAACAAAGCCAAGAUACAGGUGGACGACUUGGUGGAUGAAGUACGGCUUGCAGACACGACAUUCACCGAGGUCAUUGGCUACUACGGCGAAGACGAUAAUCGGAACAUGAGUUCUUCUGAAUUCUAUGGUAUCUUCAAAACAUUCGUUACGUCGUACAAGGCAUCCGACAACCAGACUGCUGCAGAUGAACGACUUGCAACGGCCAAACGGAAACAAGCUGCCGAAACAAUGAGAUUGAAUCGCGAGAAGGCGAUGGAGACGUCGAAUCAGGGUGCUGACACUCUAGACAGUCUACUAGAGAAAUUGCGGAAUGGAGACACUGUGGGGACGCGAAAGAAUCGCCGGACACGACCAAGUGGGGCGGAAACCCGGCCUAACGCGCCACUGUCUUUGGAUCUAGACGGCAACCCAGAUGACUUGGCUCGCGAUCUUCUGGCACGUCUAGCAUCGAGCGGUUUUGAACCACCGACGCCAUCGUCGCCAACGUUUGCUGUUUCACAACGGAGACGGAGACGGAAGGCUGCUUCCUCGAUAUCCGAUGCAGAUCUGUUGAGCUCGCCCCUUCUGCCAGCCACGCCUGAAAUUAGCGCAUUAGAGGAUGCGACUGUAGGCUCAGAGGAUUCCAGUGAACGAUGA